GCACUCACCUGCUACUCUCCAGCCUACUGUACACCAUCCUAAUCUUCACAUACUAAUCACCCUCUAUCAUAUUGAUGUCUUAAUACGUUGCUCGCUGGUCGACCAUAUUUUCAACAUGCGGCUCCCGAAAUUGGUCUCGCAGUUCUUCCACCGUCGCUCAAAGUCUGAUACACACCUAAUCCUUCAUCGUGCACCCAAACCUCCACAAGCUCCUAUUCGCCCUGUCUCUACGUCGUUUCUGGACAAUUGGACUCUCGAUAAUGAAGCCCUUGUUACUUCUGGGGCUGCUUUCAUGUCUGAAAUCUUAGGCAGUAUCUCUACCGAACCUGUCACCCUUAUGGCACCGCCGCCUACGGUGGCACCCUCUGCACUCUGCCUGCCAGCUGCUGAGGCCAUUACUGUGAACGACAACCUGGAGACUGGCCCAUGGCUUGCCCAAGCAUUCUCGCGUGAAUCGGUCAUUUCGUUGCAGGACCCCGUUCAAGAACUCGAAGUCAACUUCAACUCCGAGCGGGAAGCGAAUAUGCGCCUUGAAAAUCUGGUCUUAUCUCUCGAGUCCGCUUUAAAAGCCGAAAGAGAAGCACACUUGGAAACUCUCGAAGUGAAUAAACUUCUCUCAAGCGAAGUCACCGAACUCCAAGCGGAUGUCAUAAACGUACGCGGCGAACUUUUCGCUGUCCUCAAGCAACAGCUACGUUCCUCACCAAGUGGAGACAAAGAUAUCUUGUCCAUCAAAGGAGAGAAUGCACGGUUACGCAAGUUCGCCUCACUUAUGGUCACCGCGUCUGCUCACAAACCAGUCUUGGAACUCGCCUUCCGACGUACACUGGACGGAGAAGACCCUGAAGAAGCAGUCGUCCAUGCAAUCAAAGACGAGAUGGACAAUAUGGGUAGCGUCUGGCGCGCGUUACUUGAACCUAUUGUUGGUCAACGGAGUCCAGAUGACUAUCUGGCUCAAGUUGAUUGUACACUGAAAGCCCGACGGGAAGCUCGCGACUGGCGGAAGAAAGCUAGGUUCUGGAAGAACAGUGCCAAGGAAGGAGAAAGACAUGCUGCUACUGUCACGCCGUCCGUUUCUGCGCUGUCGGACGUUGUGGACGAACUUCCUCCGGAGCGGCAGAAAGUCGUGGAUGAGAUGUUAGCCAAGCUCCGCAACGGCACUCUCCCGCUGAAGAGACAAACUUUGGUUCGUCAGAGUUCUGUCUCUACGUCAAGGUCAGCCUUAGAAGGACCGCCUAUUUCCCCGGACCCUCGAGUAGUUCAAAAACGAAGCAGUCGACCGCCGUCUGCUGUUGUCUCCGUCCCAACCCCACUUUCACCAAUCACAGAGUCAACGACCGAAAUCGAACCGAUUCCUUUAGCAUCUUUGAAGACGGCUCCGGCUCCUACUACAACAGACGAGCUUCCAGCGAUGACUACUACGCCUUCACAUUCAGUACCCUCCUUGCGCCCACGAUCUGUGUCCCUUCCCUUGUCUGUGUCUACAUACAACAACCUCGCUCCACUCGCCAGCAUCUCUUUCCGCGAAAGUCACUCCAUCAAAAGUGUGAAGAGUGUCUCGACUCGCAGGCAUAGCAUUGCUUCUCUUCGAGUACUUACACCGUCGGCGUCCUCGGCGUCUCAGGAUAGCCAGGCGUCGAAGAAGUCCGCCCGGAGGAGAGUCAAGGUCCUUGCUGUGUCGGUUUCGAAGAAGUCUGUGGAUGACGACGUGCAGACCUCUCCCAGUAAUAAUGAUCUUCCAAAGACUGAAGCUGAAGGUUCACCUACGCCCGUGCCUAUGGAGUCUAUUCCUGUUGAGGAGGCGAAGCAAGACUUAGGUUCUUCGGGUCAAGAGUCAUCUCGUAUCGCAUCGCUUUCGUCCUCUGUGAGAAGCGCAAGUACGACGCGACCUUCAGUCUUCAAUAGCAAACGACGCUCCUCAUCCUCAACAUCAACGUCGACUGCUUCUUCUCCGCCUACCACUCCCAUCAAGUCAUUCUUCACGUCCAAGCACUCCACACCCUUCAGAUUCUCAACGCCAACCAAGCUUCGCCGCAACACCCCUCCCAGCCCACUCUCAACACCACCAGCUACUACUACAAGCCCAUCCAAGAAGUCUCCAUCCAAGCUACCCGUUCUGAAGAUGACCUCGAUUCCUCGAUCUAUUCGUAGAAUGUCUAUAUCGAAGCCGGUGUUGAUGGAUACGACAAAUGCUGCUGCUUCUAUCCCUGAGGGCGAUGGUGUGGUGUUUAGGAGGAAAGGGCAGAAUGUGGAUAUGGGGAAGGUGGGAAAGAUGGGGAAGGAUGUGAAGAGUACUAGUGUGAAGGGUACCAGUAAGCAACAGGUGCUUUCGCCGAAGCGACUCGGAAAGCAAGUGGGAGGUUUGAGGAAUGUCAGAAGCUGAGGUUUUACAUAGACCUUGGCUUGAUUGCGAGACUGUUGUAGAAUACUGAAUCUCGUAUCAUCGAGUCUGCCUUCUAUCCAAUCGUCUCAGGCUCUAUAUAAUGCAUGUGCUGAUGAGUAUCCACGAAUGUGCCCAU